UUCAUAAUUUCUUAGUUGAAUGGGUAUAUUUCAAUUUGUUCUUAACUAUAUAUUCAAUACUAAGAUGAAACGUUGGAAUCUUGUUCUGGUGAACAUUUUUUCACUUUUAGUUGUUCAUGACACAGCAACCACAUUGCCUGGUGAGCAGAUCCUAAGUACAACAAUUGAAAGCGAUAUCCAACAAAUUAAAUCUACAAUAAACAGUAUGAAUUCAACACUGUCAGAUUUAACACACAUGAUGGAGAUAUUGAACAGAAAAAUUGACAAACAGAAUCUCCAUAUGCAAGCAACUGCGGAUAAUUUUGAGAAUGUCCAAGCACAAAAUGAACAAAAGCAGCCAUUUGAACAACAGUACGAUUCAUCUACUCUUAAAAGAAUAAACACAGGUAGAUGGCACGAAGAUGAACUCUGGUGCUUCACAGAAAAUGAUGAUGUCAUAGUAGACGUCCCUGUAGGUUGGAACACCAAUGACAGGGCAUAUAAGACACUUCCCCGUGGGUUAAGAUUAUCUAAAUCAACUAUUCCAAAUGCAGGGAGUGGAGUUUUCACUGAUGUUUUCAUCCCUCUAGGAACAUAUUUUGGCCCAUAUGAAGGCGUUGUCAUCUAUGAUAUUGAUGACGGGUACAAUGAUGGAGAAUAUGUUUUCAAUGUCUACAAAAAUUGGAAAAUUUUGUUUUUUCGUGAUGGAGGGUCUCUUGAUACGUCAAAUUGGACAAGAUUCAUGAACUGCCCCAGAGACUUCAUGGAAUUAAAUGUGGAGGCAUUCCAAUGUAAAGAAAAUGUGUAUUUCCGUACUGUCCGAAAUCUAGAGCCUGGUACUGAACUAUUGUUUUUCUAUGGCUGGGAGUACGCUGAAGCUAGCUUUAAUAUGAAACAAGAAACUUUCUGCAAAGGCUACAAUGGAACAAUUCACCAAUCAACAGGAUCAGAGUGGAUAUGUGAAUAACAUUAGACAUUUCGACACAAGAGUUCAACUUCAUCUACUCUCUUAAUUCUAUAUAGGCAGAAUAUUCUAAAAUGCUAAUUCAAAUAUAAACUAGCUGACAUGAUUUCACAUUUCAAACUCCCAUAGAAGACAAUAAAG